GUCAACAUCUCCACUGACACUGUAACCAUCACUUUAUUCGGUGAUAUCGGGUUGGUAUAUUAUACAACGUCACUUUGACCUAAAGUAUCAGCCUGGCUAAUGAUGGAACACAUCAAAACGUCUACAAACAUGGAAUCAAAAACAUUAUUACUGAUAUUGUACAUGUCAUAUCUUACUUGUGGGAUAGAACUAAACGUGCCCCAGUUUAUACGUAACUUUUAUUUGUCCAGUACGGGGUAUUUGUCCAUCAGUGAGGUCGGUUUGUAUAGCUGUGCACGGUAUUGUGGGAUGGAGUCAGAUUGCAAAUCGUUCACAUACAAUACAACAGAUUUAAGAUGUAGACUUAUCGAAGACGACGUCAACACAAAACCAGGAAAGUUUGGAGCGACUCCUAGGAAUAUCUAUGGAGACAGAGCCACAGUUAUUUCGGAUGAAUCUUUGAUGGGAACGUGUCGUGAUCAUGUCUGUCCGGAUUACACUACAUGUGUCCGUCUGUCGUCCGGGUCCCGGGUCUGUGUUAUAACAGCAUGUGGACCUACUAAAGAGAUAUCGUAUCGUGGUCCAGAGAACGCUGAUAACGUCUCCGACACCAUUACUCCAGUAGGAAUCCAACGGUACUUAUUGUGUGAUACCGGUUAUAUAGGAUACAAGACUGUCGUCUGUCUGGCAAGCGGAAAUUGGUCAGAACCGGAACUGCAUUGUACAGAUUGCGGAAACCCACAUAGUGUUUCUAAUGCAAUCAUUUCUGCCGGAAAUACAACCAUAGGAUCUACAAGGACAUAUGAGUGCAUUCCCACAUCUACCACUUCCGGUUCCGGUGACAUUACAUGCCAACCUAAUGGAACUUGGUCUGGAUCGUCUUUGGAGUGUAUACCAGAUUGUGUGAUUGUGUCGUCGAUGCAGAAUGCGAUCACCACGGCGACUGUAGCACCUGCAGGUACUACCAUCUCCUAUACAUGUGAUGUAGGAUAUGUAUUGGCAUCAGGAACCGGAAAUAGACACUGCAACACUCAAGGAUCAUGGGAAGCAUUGGAUAUCGUAUGCGACCCAGUAAGUUGUGGAUAUCCAAAUACACCUCCUGGGGUAAACGGUUAUAGUUAUGGAAGUUUAACGUACCAAAACACAGUAACAUUCUUUUGCCAAGGGGGAUAUACGUCUACUAAUCCCGGAAAUAUGAAGGUCACGUGUCAAAGUGACGGUAACUGGUCCCAGCCACAGUUUGAGUGUCAAUAAUGGAUGACUUGCGAAGCACCAUUUUGUUUUUUUAAAGUACCGUGCCACCGUCUGGUUCGAAAACUGGUUAUAUUUAAAGAUAUAAGCUCCCUAAACGAUUUAAAGAUAUGUGUAUAAAAAGUAAAAUUUUAUUGUUGGAAAUUUAUGUCCAGUAUAAGGGUAAGAAACCUUAACGCAUGAGUGAAACCAUGUUUAUAUCAUUGUCAUGCCAAUGUGAAUUCAUGAAUUGUCAGAAUCGGGACUAUAUUCGACCAUUAUGUUGCGUUGACCUGUUUAAGGAGUAUUCAUGUUGAGAGAUCGCUUUAUUUUGUAUGUCAUUGUGCCAACAUGCCUAUUGAUGUUUUUGUGUAUCGAAAAAACCCGGUGCAGAAGCGGGAAAAGAAUACGCUAUGUCUGCUGGGAAGCUGAGGAAGUAAGUCGAAAGAAGUGUUGAAUGAUUUGCACUAAUUCUGGACUAACAAACUGCAGAUAGAACCGACUCCGUUAACGAUCAAUUGGAUGUUAUUCUCACAAGGACGUAACAGGUGUAUAAAGCACUCUACUUUUGUAUUGAAAUUUUUCUUAUCACCAAUCUUUGAUAUCAAAGGUGGUGAGCUCUGCUGGAUUACUUUAAUCCCCGAAGUUGGCCGAAGCCUGUAUGCCACGUUUCAUUAUACGUCUGUACUUAACGUUCUUUUAAAUCCACAAUUGGUAAUUUGUACAUUUAAAUUAUCAGAGUAUGAGGCUAUUGUAUCCUCUUUAUUUAAAUUUCUAUACCUCUUUCUUCGACCUGUUUUGAUUUAUUCAGUUCCCUCCUAGUUUAGCACAUGUAGGUCCUUACCAUUACUGACGAGUCCUAGAAGGAUGAAAGAAUGUAUAAAACAGCAUUAUUCAUUUUUGAAAUUUAUUGUUAUUAUAUGUCAUUGUUAAAAUGUAGAUACUCUGUUAUAAAUAUGUUUGAGGUAUCUAUUGUUAAAUAAGUAUGUGAAGAUACUAUUUAACAUGACGUAAUGUUGAAAGUUGAUAAUAUACUAUUAUGAGCUCAGGGGACAUAACCAGUUUUCAAUAUUGGUUUCCUGCCACUGAUAACAUUACUAAGGUAUCAUGUCAGUAUCUGUUUGACAAUGUCAUGUUUUGAUGGUGUCGGUCGGAUAUAUAGAGGUUACAAAACGAGUAGUUGUUGGAUAUGGUACUUUUUAACUUUGAAAAAAAAACUUGAUGAAUUGACAUGUUUUGUGUCAAUGUGAUUUUUCCAAAAUAUUAGCUGGGGCGUAGGAAUAUAACCUGACGUGAAAUGCCGCUAAUUAAUAUGCAUGUCUGACAAUUUCAGAAAUGUGUGGAUAAGUUACAAUUAAUUACAAAUCAUAACAAAUGAUUAACAGUUUUAUUAAUUUCAAAGCAAUGAAUUAAUUCAAAUCUAUAUAAAAAAUAUGUUUUAGAAUAACAAUUGUGAUCUACCUUUUGCGUGUAAUCAUUUCCAAGACCGCGUGAAGCGGCCUUCAAGUGUCAGCCAAAACGAAUUGAUGGGCAUAACGUCGUUGAAAUGAUUUUGCGCUACAAAAAUAGAAGUAAGCUGGAAUUUUUUUUAUUUUUCUGAACGCGUAACAGUUAUAACAGUUAUAAAUUUUACCUUAAUAUGAUUAUCAAAGUCAAAAGAUAACCCAAAAUUCUUAAAGAUUGCAAUUUUUGAAAAUGUAUCUUCGACCCGAAAUACGAAAAUGAAAAAUAAAAAACAUGACUGACCGUGUAAAAAAAUGAUUAGUUAGUGGGUCAAUUAAAUUGAAUCGGAAAGGAAAACUAGAAAACGACAAGACAGUGAACGUCAUAAAAAGUAUUAUUAUUGGCAACAAGGUGUAAAGAUGGAUAAAACGAAGGAGGCUGACUCGGUCGAGUCGAACGAAGAAUUUAGCCUGACAGGUUUGUAUUGUUGUAAUGCUCGAAGUUAUACUUACUCCCUUGCUGAAAUUUAGAGUAAAUAUUACCUCAUCAACCCACAAUAAAUGAUUUUAAGAGUA